AUGAUUCUCUUGUUUAUUUUCAUUUUGCUUCCUAGUUUGUUCAUGGCUCAGUUUGACUAUACAACGAUCGGUUAUCCAGAAGAGUACUCGUUGUGGAUGAACGAUGCAACGGCUGUUUUCAAUGAGAUAUUCACUAGAAGAAACUACAAUCGAUUUCUGGCUCCACUCUAUGGACGAAUGCCCGUUGAUUUCAAUAGCAGUAAUGUGGCCCGUUUACAUGUGGACAUGAUUCUUCGCUAUUUAAAAGUUUUUGGUUUAGACGCCGAGAAUCAAAUUAUUAGUUUCUUCUGCGAGUUUGAAAUGAGCUGGGUCGAUCCAAGAUUAUCGUGGAGCCCAGAGCACUUCAACGACACCAAGUUCAUCUUUGUCACUGCUGAUCUCAUUUGGACACCGGAUAAUCAAAUUGGAAACACAAAAUCACUAGACACUCUUCAUCCGGACUCAAUGAAAACGAUCGUUCUCUCGAGUAACGGAACGAUUCAUAUGUCUAUGGUCUAUUUUGCUGAAGUUGCUUGUGUUGUCGAAAUUUCUCGAUUUCCAUUUGACAAUCAAACUUGCGCGAUUCCAGUCGCUGCGAUGGCUUUGGAUUUGAAUGGUCAGUACUCAUCGAUGAGCGGUAAAAUUCAAAACGUUAAUGUGUUCAAUUUGUUGGGAAAUGGUGAAUGGGAUGUGAGUGGUGUGGCAAUGAUACCCUAUCAAUUUCUGACCGACACUGUUCACACACUGCUUCUCCCAACAAUCUUCCUCAAGAGAGUUCCCAACUACUAUGUUUAUGUGAUCGCUUUACCGGGUUUCAUCCUGACAAUGCUUGGGAUUUUUGGGAUGUUUUGGACGCCUCACAUUCGAAAGGAGCAACUCACCAAAUUGAGCAUCGGUUUGACAACUCUUGUCGCGAUAACUGAAAUGAGGGUGUUUGAAUCGCUCAGCUGCAUUCUCUGCAAGCAACCGUAUGCUCGAGUUGCUAAUCAACGUCGAUCUCCACGUCAGUUGGGCUGUGGAUUGGCCAUGUGUGAUGAGUGUUUCGAGCAAGAGGAGAUGUUGGAACAAGAAGAGAGAAAUCAUCAAUGUGGAAAUAUUUACUGUUUCUACAGCCAAGACCUUGCCUACUUUUUGAUUGAUGUUUUGUCACAAGAAAGCGCUUUGAUGUUUACUCCAAUGGGAUAUUUGCUUGUGAAGCCUUUCAAAAUUCCGGAAUGUCCAAUUUGUCAUGAUGAAUAUUCAAACGAAAUUGAGGCAAAGAAAUCGUUUGCUCUUCAAUGUGGGCAUAUCAUUUGCACGAAAUGCUGUUUGAAGACACAGACAUAUGAUAUGUACACUGCUGUCAACAAACGGAAAGAUCGAUUUCAUGACUUUUUAAAUGAGCUGCCCGAAAUGACUCGACAAAUGGAGACCAUGAUGAAUGUUGCGAGAAAUGUCAAAGAUGAAUGUAGCUGCAACGAAUGCCACAAAAAGAAUAUUGUCGACGAAAUGUUUUAUUGCGGUAAAUGUGUUUUUGAAAUUUGUGCUGUUUGUGCUUACAAGAGACAUCAUCCACAUGGGGCCAUUCCUCUAUUGGAAAAAGAGGCUAACAAAAUGUUGAUGGAAGUUCAACAAGAGUCAAGAAAUGUCAUCAAAACGUACAAGGAUUUGGUUCCUGAACUACACAAGGGACUUCUCGCGGGCAUUGACAUCUUUGAAAUGAAAUUGCUUUCGAAAGAGGAAACUCUCAAGGACGUAUCAACUUUUGCCGAUUUCGGGGAGAAACAUGAAUCAUUCACAAAGAUCAAGUCCAAAUUUGAAUCAUCUGCUGAGAAUUACUUGCGUCAUUUGUGCAAAUUCGAUGCUGAAGUCAAGCAAUUGAUUCAAACCCUUAACGAGAGCCCUGAUGUCUCAGAAAGCCGAAUACAAUUU